AUGGAGGAAACACAGCAAAAAGUCAAAAGAGCAGUGGAUUCAAUGAUGGAUGAGAUCGACAAGAAACAUCUUCGCGAAAUGCAAAAACGGAUGUUUGAAUGCUCCGCAAAAUGCUGCUCGAAUCAGCACUCAUCGAGGGAAGUGAUAGAGAAUUGCGUGGACACUUGCAACGGAGGGAUGCGAAAAGCUCAAGGGCAACUCGAGAUGGAGCUGGGAACUCUUCAAGCACAAUUAUCGCGAUGCGCCAUGAGCUGUUACGAUGAUCUGACGAAGCAAUUUGGACCGGAUACCUCAAAAUACACUGAACGACAGACUCAGGAAUUCAAUGAGCGUCUUGAUCGCUGUGUGGCAAAGUGCGCCGAUGAACAUGUCUCGUUGUUGCCAAAGAUUCAAGAACGAUUCGCAAAGUUUAUCCGUUCAUUG